UGCUACUUUGGGGGAAAUUUUUAUACUUGACAUUCUGUUAAAACCUGUUGUAAUACUGUGUUGUUUACAAAUUUAUUUUACAAGGCUUAACAUCACUAAAGUAUUUUUAAAAGCCACACAACUGUGUUUGUCUGGUUUCUCUGCCAUUCGUGUACCAGAGCUCUAAGAGUCGUUCUCAGUCUUCUGAUACUAGCCCAAAUUACUUAUUACCUUGGUGAUUAUCCAUCGGUACUUUAUGUAACUCCACGUAAGUGCUACACAUGUCACUGGAGGUGGACACGAGUAUGGUAAAUGUGAAAAAGAGCAAAGUUAAAGUGGUGCAAUUGCGGAGGUGAGCAUAUCUCAGCUUUUCGUGGUUAUGAGGCAAGUAAAAGGGCAGCAGAGAUCCAGAGUAAAAUCCAUUGAUGGCAUGCAGAAGCAGAAAAGAAGCUUUGGUUAUGAACAAAAAUGAUUUUGUGCUAUUUAUGGAGGCUGUAAUAAACUGCACCACUCAAACAGACAAGAAAACUGAAAAAAUCCAAAUAAUUGUGAAGACUACAGACAAACACCUGGGAAUCACGGGUCUGUGUGGGAGACAGCUCAGGAAAUGCUGAGUGGUAGAAAUCCUAGCUCACAGCCAGGAGGAGGCAGUUCAUUGUGGUCCUAAAUAUUCUGCAGUGGGAUGCUUGAAGUCUUAUUGCUAAUGGGCAGGAACUAAAACAGUAUCUCAUCUGCAAAGAAAACCAUGUGUAAUAUGGAAACAUGGAUAAAAGCAGAGUGGUACUUUGUUUAUAAAUGAAUAUACAGCUAUGAGGAAUGAUACAAAAGAAGGUGGUGGCCACAUUUGUGUGAACUGGAAUAUGAUAUAGAUUAGUCAGUGUAAAUAUAGAGCACAAGACAAUCACAGUUAAGGUUUGGAUGGAGGAAGAUGAGGCAGUAAUUAUCAACUACUAUAAAUUAUGUAAAAGGAUCACUGGGGACAUAUUAAACACUAUAGGUGUUUAAUAUGUAGGUGUAGGGUGUAGGUGUUCCCUACACCCCACACAUGGGUGUAGGAAAAAUAAUAUGUUGUGGGGAUUUUAAUGCACUUUCUGGGGAAGCAGAUGCACAGAUGAAAAUGAUUCAUGCACUGAGGAUUCAAAUCCUUUGAAUUUGGCAGAAGCACUGGGAUAUCAGCGAUACAGGAAUUGAUUUCUGCAACAUUCAGAUACAUUUCGGUCAUGGUCACAAAAUAGUGAAAUAACAAUUACCCAUCUCAGGAUAGGUCAUACAGGUCUUAAUAAAACACUACAGCUAAUAGGCAAGCACCCAAUGGGAUUGUGUGCCCACUGCAAAAAAAUGGAAUCUGCUCAGCAUGUACUGUUAGUAUGCUGGGCUUGUGUCCUGGACAGGAAGACGUUAAUAGGAGGAGCUGAAGAUUCAUUCUACUGUAGAAACCCUGCUUGGAAAGGCACUGUCUCAAAUCUAUGGCCAACUGUUGAAAGUUGUGAUAAGAAAGGGUUCAAUACUGCAGAUUGUUUUUUUUAAUUUAUUCCCAAUAUUCCAAGUUCCUGAUUCACACUCCUGUCCAGGAGGGGGCGGUAAUGCACCUCUAAGCUCAUUUGAAACUAAAACGAAGAAGCCCCCCCCCUUUCCCCGAGGUCAAAGCCAGAAAUGUUGUUAGAGUGAGUUGCCCGCGUUCAUUUGGACAGUGUCUUCAUGUUUUCAAAGGUCGACUGUUUUUCUACGAUUUUGUGGAAGUAUAAAUAGAAACAAACUAACGCAGUCAUCUGGUUUGGACUUGUUAAAAUCCUAGACUUCACUGGAUACUGCAGAUAAUCAGAAGCACGCUAGGAUGACCAGUGUGCUUUGCAGCAGAAGCAGGUUGGUAAGUUACCUUCCAGGGCUCCAUGUGUUGGUGCAUCGUGUGGCUGGAGGUAGAGCCUUCUCUGCUGCUGAUUCUUCAGGCUUAAAUAAGCCCGCUUUGGCCACUUCUCCCUCUGCUAAAGGACUGCAGACACUACGGCCUGAUGACACAAUGGUGCCGUUCGGGCCCCAGGACCAGCGCUUCCCGCUGCCCGGUAAUGUGGGCUUUGACUGCCAGCUGGAAGGAUUGACAGAGCAACAGAGGAGCCUGACAGACAAAAUGCUACCAGAUGUGUUGUCUGCUCCAUCCUGCUAUCAGAAGCAUGAGUGGCUUCUAGCCCAGUCUGUUAGAGAGCUCUCUAACAAGGGCAAUCCUGCGUCCUCUGGCAAAGUCAGCACAGCUGAACAGUACUUUGACAACUUGAGAGUAGAGUGUGCCACACAGGCGUGUCCUGAACUCUUAAAGAAAGAUUUCCAGUCAAUGUUUCCUGAAGCUCCAUCCUGUGGUAUGAUGGUUGUCACGGUUACCCAGAAGACGCAGAACGAUAUGGCGUCAUGGUCUGCUGAGGUGGAAGAUGAGAGAGAGCAGAUGCUUGACAAGUUUGUUGCAGGUGCACGGGAGAUCUGCUGUGCGCUGCAGCGAGAAGGAUUCUGGGCAGACUUCAUCGACCCAUCGUCAGGCCUCGCUUACUUUGGCCCGUACACCAACAACACACUGUAUGAGACAGAUGACCGAUACCGUCACCUGGGCUUUCAGAUUGAGGACCUGGGCUGCUGCAAAGUGAUCCGACACUCGUUGUGGGGGACACAUGCUUUUGUAGGGACAAUAUUCACCAGCGCACCACCUGAUACUCCUACUAUGAAGACGUUGCAGGGUAGAUGAACACAGGCUCUGGGAUACAGAGUGUAAUAUGCCUCAACACUAACAGAGUGGUUAGUGGUUUUGACCAUAUCUGUAAUCAUAUUAAAGCUUAAAUAAUGCUGACACCACAAA